UUUGGGGAAUUUGAGAUUUUUUAUAAUCCCCCUGGAUUUUGGGGAUAAAUCCCGGGAUUUUGGGUCCGUUCCCCGCAGUUUGAGAUGCUGAACGCGGAGCUGGAGGGGAACCAGGAGCUGGCCAAUUCCCGCAUGGCCGAGCUGGAGAAGCUGCAGGUGGAGCUGCAGGCGGCCGUCAGGGGCCAGGAGCGCCUCAAGGUGGCGCUCCGCUCCCUCCCCGAGGACGCCGUCAAGGAGGCGCUGGAGUACAAGGUGCUGCAGUCGCAGUUCUCGCUGCUCUACCACGAGAGCCUGCAGGUGAAGACGCAGCUGGACGAGGCGCGGGCGCUGCUGCAGGCCACCAAGAACAGCCACCUGCGCCACAUCGAGCACAUGGAGAGCGACGAGCUGGGGGUGCAGAAGCGGCUCCGCACCGAGGUGAUCCAGCUGGAGGACACCUUGGCGCAGGUGCGCAAGGAGUACGAGAUGCUGCGCAUCGAGUUCGAGCAGAACCUGGCCGCCAACGAGCAGGCGGGCCCCAUUAACCGCGAGAUGCGGCACCUGAUCAGCUCCCUGCAGAACCACAACCACCAGCUCAAGGGCGACGUGCAGCGCUACAAGCGCAAACUGCGCGAGGUGCAGGCCGAGAUCGGCAAGCUCCGCCUCCAGGCCAGCGGCGCCCCUCCCCCUCCCACCCCCGCCCCUCCACGCCCCGGCGCCCGCGGGGGGGAGGGGCGCGAGAGGCCGAAGGCGGGGCCCGAGGAGGCCAAGAAGAAGGACUCGGAGGUGCUGAAGCAGCUGAGGGCGGAGCUGAAGAAGGCGCAGGAGAACCAGAAGGAGAUGAAGCUGCUCCUGGACAUGUACAAGUCGGCGCCCAAGGAGCAGCGCGACAAAGUGACGCUGAUGGCGGCCGAGAGGAAGAGCAAGGCCGAGCUGGAGGAGCUGCGGGGGCGCUGGCGGGAGCUGGAGGAGCGCGAGCGGCGCGAGAGCAAGAAGCUGGCGGACGAGGAGGCGCUGCGGCGGCUGCGGCUGAGCGAGGAGCAGAUCGAGCACCUGCAGCGGCGCCUGGCCGCCACCAAACAGGAGGAGGAGGCGCUGCUGUCGGAGAUGGACGUGACGGGCCAGGCCUUCGAGGACAUGCAGGAGCAGAACCUGCGGCUGCUGCAGCAGCUGCGCGAGAAGGACGACGCCAACUUCAAGCUGAUGUCGGAGCGCAUCAAAGCCAACCAGAUCCACAAGCUGCUGCGCGAGGAGAAGGACGAGCUGGCCGAGCAGGUGCUGGCCCUCAAGGCGCAGGUGGAGGCGCAGCUGCAGGUGGUGCAGAAGCUGGAGGAGAAGGAGCGCGGCCUCCAGAGCGCCCUGGGCGCCGUGGAGAAGGAGCUGAACCUGCGCUCGCAGGCGCUGGAGCUGCACAAGAGAAAGGCGGUGGAGGCGGCGCAGCUGGCCGAGGACCUGCGGGCGCAGGGCGAGCACGUGCAGGCGCGGCUGCGGGAGCUGCAGGUGUGCGCCGCCGAGAACCGAGCGGCCAAGGACAAGGAGUCGCUGAGCCUCAAGAGGGCGCAGGAGGAGCUGUCGCGCCUGCGCCGGAAGCUGGAGAAGCAGCGCAAGGUCGAGGUUUACGCCGACGCCGACCAGAUCCUGCAGGAGGAGAUCAAGGAGUACCGGGCCCGGCUGACGUGCCCGUGCUGCAACGCCCGCAAGAAGGACGCGGUGCUGACCAAGUGCUUCCACGUCUUCUGCUUCGAGUGCGUCAAGAGCCGCUACGACACGCGGCAGCGCAAGUGCCCCAAGUGCAACGCCGCCUUCGGCGCCCACGACUUCCACCGCGUCUACAUCAGCUGAGCGGCCGGGCGGCGGACGGGGAGGUCGCCUGGUGGCCGUCGGGGGUCGCUUGGGGGUCGUCGGGGGUCGCUUGGGGGU